AAUAUUUGCUAGACUCCGCCAGCCAGUCCAGUCGGUAGUUCAUUCAGUUUUGUACAGUGAGUGUGUCGAGUAAGUCAUCUUUCUCCGAGACCUCUCGCUCUCCUUGGUGUUGCACCUCCAGAGACCAGCAGCAAUCAUCAUCAGAGAAGCCAAGUUCCAGCGGGACGAACAGCACUCAUCUUAGCAAACCAGGAAUCACCCAGCAACCAACAACCAAUCAAAGAUGGCCCUGCCAGAGGAAAAUCCCGUCUACGGACCCUUCUUCGGAGUCAUGGGAGCAGCUGCUGCGAUCAUUUUCAGCGCCCUCGGAGCCGCCUAUGGAACGGCGAAAUCCGGCACAGGUAUUGCCGCCAUGUCGGUGAUGAGACCUGAGCUGAUCAUGAAGUCCAUCAUUCCCGUUGUCAUGGCGGGUAUCAUUGCCAUCUACGGUCUGGUCGUUGCUGUACUUAUCGCCGGUUCGCUGGACACGCCAACGAAAUACACGCUAUACAAGGGCUUCAUCCAUCUCGGUGCUGGUCUGGCUGUAGGAUUCUCCGGUCUUGCCGCCGGUUUCGCCAUCGGUAUCGUCGGUGAUGCCGGUGUCCGUGGUACCGCCCAGCAGCCAAGACUGUUCGUCGGUAUGAUUCUGAUCCUCAUUUUCGCCGAAGUAUUGGGUCUGUACGGUCUGAUCGUCGCCAUCUACCUGUACACGAAAUAAGCUGUUCCCGCGCGCGCGCACGCACGAGGGAGAAGAGAGAACGAACAACCAACAGAUGGUCCAUACGUGUUACGCCCGUUUGUCAUCUCCAUCAUCAGAACCCGUCAUAUCACCACCGCCAUCGUCAUCUGUUAGUUAUCACCACCCUCGUUCGUUACCAUUAGGAAGAACAUCGUUUUACCAUCAGUCGAUGUAUGAAAUUCGAGAGAGAUAGUUGAAACAGCAACUGCCACCAACAUCGGCAGUGACAAUAUUUACCAGAAAACAUCGAUAAGCGAACUUUUUAAGAGGAAAAAGAUUGUAAGUAGAAGUCACCAAUUAUAUGCGCUCUGAUCGUGUUGGAGAAACUGGUAUCGAUAAAAAUCGUCCACCAGAUGCCCCCAGUUAGAACUUCCGGAACUAAAACAAAAGACUAUGUAAUUUAUGUAAAAUAUUGUAUUUAAUUGUUAAAUCUAAUUUAUGUACAUGUAAAUUUUGUCCCCACAAAUGAAAAUGAUCGUAGAAAAACGAACAAGAUGCAAGCGGGUGCCGUUUAUGGGUUAUUCGGUUGAAGCAAUUGUACAAAACGAGCCCGUAAAUCUAGAUAAUGUCAGAUGAGAUGCAUCACUUCAUAAUUUAUUUAUCGCCCAUAUUGGACGACGAGGUGAGGCAGAACCGGUAAAUGACUUUCAAAGUAAUCCGUAAAUUGUGCACAGCGCUCACUUAACUCAAGUUGCAAACAUUCGGUUUAGGUUGUUCUACACACUCACAAUGAUAAUUAUGGUUUUCAAUCCCACCACAAACGCGAUCUUUUCUGUGGCUUUAUAACAUCAAUCCGUGUUUCCGGCCUGGUGUCGUCCACGUGCCAGUUGGUAACAGUCUGACACCUCGAUGGCGCUGGGUCCGAGUACACCUUGAGAGAAGAAACGGAAAAUAAUAUCCCUCGAAAUUUUCCACCCAACAUCCUGCAAUUAUUACGCAAGUCACGAAAGGUUGAGUCUGUGAUAAAAGCUUCCAUCACUAACAAAAAGAACAAAUGUCAUCUUGAUCACUGAAACAAGCAGCUACUAGGGCGAAACGGUUCCCAUCAACUCAACCGAACACCACCCAUUGCUAACAUCUGGGAGGCCGUUUCGUGUGCUCAAACUUGCUUAAGGAAAACGAAACGUGUUUUUUGUUUUACGUACCGGAAUGUUUCUCCCGCGCGAUGCUUCGUAUUAUUAAGGCCGACCAAAAGAUAGGACGAAGAAAAACGAUGAACUACAAACACUACAACAUCAGAACACAUUUUACUUUCGCGUUCGUUACAUACAAAAUGUUCACAAUCAUUGGUAAGGCAGAGAGAGUAUAUUAGAAAAAGGAAGAUCCUACAAACAACCGAAACCUGUUCUAUAUUCUUAAUGUACAUGUUCGUAAAAAGAACUUUUUGUUUUCUACGCGUAGGUUGAGUUAAUAAGAAAAAAAACACACCCUGUAUAUUACAAA